AUGUCGAACUCAGUACUCAAUAGUCAUAACGUUGAUGCCAUUGAAAGUAAAAGUGAUGAACCAGAAUUUGAUUUCAAAGAAUAUUAUUCAAAAGAAAAAACAUUGGCAUUACGCGAUAUUUAUAUCCCAUACUGUACAGAACUUUUCUAUCGAGAAAAUCCAAUAAAAAUUGUUCGUUCGCAAGGAACAUAUAUGUACGAUCAAUUAGGAAAUAAAUAUUUAGAUUGUAUUAACAACGUUGCUCAUGUUGGUCAUUGUCAUCCACAUGUUGUUACGCAAAUUUAUAAACAAAUGGGUGCAUGUGCAACAAAUAAUCGUUAUUUACAUGAUAACACAGUUAUUUUAGCGGAAAAACUUGCUAAAACAUUACCCAAAGCUCUUGAACAAAUUUUUUAUACAAAUUCAGGAUCCGAAUCAAAUGAUUUAGCUAUUCGUUUAGCAAGACAAUAUACAGGAAAUUAUGAUAUUCUUGUACUUGAUAAUGCUUAUCAUGGUCAUUUAACAACUCUUUUCGAUUUAUCGACAUACAAAUUUAAAAAAGCAAACACUGAUAUGAAACCACCUGAACAUGUUCAUGUUGUACCAGUACCUGAUGUUUAUGGUGGUAAAUAUCGUGAUAUCGAUUAUAAUAAUGAUACAGAAAAGCUCGUUGAAUUAUAUGUGAAUGAUAUUCGUCGAGUAGUUGAAGAAGCUGAAUCACGUGGUCGUCGUAUUGCAAUAUUUUUUAUCGAAUCAUUGCAAUCUUGUGGUGGACAAAUUAUUUAUCCUAAAGGAUAUCUUAAACAAACAUUUGAUUAUCUUCAAUCCAAAGGUAUUUUAUGUCUUGUUGAUGAAGUUCAAACAGGUUUCGGUCGAACUGGUACACAUUUUUGGGCAUAUCAAUCUUAUGAAGAAGAUAUUGUUCCUGAUUUUAUUACAAUGGGAAAAUCAAUGGGUAAUGGUUUUCCUGUUGCUAGUUUAGUUACACGUCGAGAUAUAACACAAAAAUUUGAUAUAAAUGGUAUUGAAUAUUUUAAUACCUAUGGUGGCAAUCCAGUUAGUUGUCGUGCAGCUAUUGCUGUUAUCGAUAUUAUUGAAAAAGAAAAAUUAAUGGAAAAUGCACUUAAUGUUGGAAAUUAUUUAUUAAGUAAAUUUAGAGAAAUACAAAAAAAAUAUCCUAUUGUUGGUGAUGUACGUGGUCGAGGACUUUUUCUUGGAGUUGAUAUAGUACGUGAUGAAAAAACACGUGAACCCGGUAUUGAAGAAGCCAAAGAAAUAAAAUAUAAGCUUCGUGAACAUAUGAUUAUUGUUUCACUUGAUGGACCGAAUCAUAAUGUUGUAAAAUUUAAACCACCAAUGUGUUUUUCAACCGUUGAUGCUGAUUUUCUUUGUGAAAAAUUUGAAACAGUGGUUAGAGAAUGUCAAACGAAGAAAGAAGACAAACCGGAAAAUUGA